CUAUGAGCAGCAUGCAGCUGGAGACGGUGUUUGUGUUCAUGUGCGUCUGUCUGAUGGGCGCUGCAGAAAGAGCCGCUCAGAAACGAGGUCACAAACUGGAGACCUACAAACAAAGCAGAUUACGCAGAGAAACAACACGAAUGGACAGAGGAAAUCACAAGUCUGGCAGUCCGAUCUUCAGAAGAAGUCCAGACAUGACCAAAUCUCCCAUGACCAAAUCUGAGCAGCUGUUGAGGAUAGAUGAUCAUGAUUUCACCAUGAGACCAGCAUUUGGAGGUCCUCCUAUACCGGUCGGUGUGGAUGUUCAGGUGGAGAGUCUGGACACCAUCUCUGAGGUGGACAUGGAUUUCACCAUGACUCUGUAUUUGAGACAUUACUGGAAAGACGAGCGUCUGUCGUUCCCGAGCACCAACAACCAGAGCAUGACAUUUGACAGCAGACUGGUGAAGAAGAUCUGGGUUCCUGACAUGUUCUUCGUUCAUUCCAAAAGAUCUUUCAUUCACGACACAACGACAGAUAAUGUGAUGUUACGCGUGCAUCCUGACGGGAAUGUUCUCUACAGUCUCCGAGUGACAGUGACCGCGAUGUGUAACAUGGACUUGAGUCGAUUUCCUCUGGACACACAGACCUGCUCAUUAGAGAUCGAGAGCUAUGCGUACACUGAUGAUGAUCUGAUGUUGUACUGGAAGAAAGGCAACGAGUCUCUAAACACAGACGACAGGAUUUCUCUGUCUCAGUUUCUCAUUCAGAAGUUCCACACAACGACUAAACUCGCCUUCUACAGCAGCACAGGCUGGUAUAAUCGUCUGUACAUUCAUUUCACGCUGCGUCGACACAUCUUCUUCUUCCUGCUGCAGACGUAUUUCCCUGCGACGCUGAUGGUCAUGUUGUCUUGGGUGUCCUUCUGGAUUGACCGGAGAGCCGUUCCUGCUCGAGUUCCUCUGGGAAUCACAACUGUCCUGACGAUGUCCACCAUCAUCACUGGAGUGAACGCAUCCAUGCCUAGAGUCUCCUACAUCAAAGCAGUGGACAUCUACCUGUGGGUUAGCUUCGUCUUCGUCUUCCUUUCUGUCAUCGAGUAUGCCGCCGUCAAUUACCUGACCACCGUACAGGAGCGCCGUGAGAGGAAACUCAGAAAUCAAUUGCCAUGCACGUGUGGUAUAGCAAACCCUGAUGAGGACAUAAUGAUGACGACGUGCUACAAUGAUGUGGAUCCAAAUGCAAGCGGGACUUAUGGGAUGGCUGAGAACGGCGGGAGACAGGAGAGGAUGUUUGCGCAGCUCACACUCGCCGAUACACAGAGAACGAGUCGAAUGAAAACAUCGCGCGGUUACGUCAGCAUCUGGAUAGACACUCACGCUAUAGACAAAUACUCUCGAGUGAUCUUUCCAGGUGCGUACACACUCUUCAACAUCAUCUACUGGUCCAUCUACUCCUAA